AUGAGGUGCCGCCACGGUCACCACAGCAGAUCUCACAACUACCACAGUUGCUCAUUCAACAACCACAGCUACUCCAACUACAACCUCAACGACAUCCAUGAUGACCAUCACAGCUCCUGCCAUGACAACGACACCUGCAACUGCUGCAGCAGCCACCACAACCACAGAUGCUGCAACAACAACCACAGGUGCUGCCAUCACAACCACUGCUGCCCCCACGACCACUACAGCUGGCAUCACAACUACCACAGUUGCACAUUCAACAACCACAGCUGCUCCAACUACAACCUCAACUACGUCCAUGAUGACCACCACAGCUCCUGCCAUGACAACGACACCUGCAACUGCCACCACAACCACAGUUGCUGCAACAACAACCACAGGUGCUCCAACUACAACCACAGCUGCUGCCACAACAACGACAGCUGCUCAAACUACAACCACAGCUGCUCCAACAACAACCACAAAUGGAGUCACAACAUCCACAGUUUCUCCCACAAGAACCACAGCUGCUGCCACAACAAACACAAAUGCCCCCACCACAUCCACAGCUGGCAACACGACUACCCCAGUUGCUCCCACAACAGACACAGCUGCUUCUACAACAGCCAGAGCUACUACAGCAACAGCUGCCACCACCACCACUGUUGCUGGCACGAAAACCACAACUGCUUCGACUACAACCACAGCUUCUGUGACGACAACCACAGGAACUACAACUUCCGCAGCCACCACAGUUGCCGCAACUACCACAACAACCACAGCCACCGCCACAACAACAACAACUGCUGGUCCUACAACAAACACAGCUGCUUCAACAACAUCUGUUGUUGA